UGUGUGUAACAACCAAUGAAAAGUUUUCCAUUCUGGAGCCGACGGCAUCCGAUUCAGCGGUUAUAUUUCCAACAUGGCGGACUCGAAGCCUCGCGAAGAUGUUUUCGAGGUUUUUGACUCUGGGGAGGUAAAAGGACGAGGAUUAAGAGCUUUAAAAUCCUUGGCACCUGGGGAUAAAGUACUGGAAUCUACCCCAUCUGUCUACGUUUUGAGUAACAGUGUCCGUGGGCAGUGCUGCGACUUCUGUUUUGCCAAAAGCGAAGAUCUCCAGCGCUGUUCAAAGUGCAAGUUUGCUCGAUAUUGUAACCGAGAAUGUCAAAAGAACGCUUGGAAGGAUCAUAAAACCGAAUGCGAACGCAUAUUGAGUGUUUCUCCGAAUAUUCCCACUGAUCUGGUGCGACUAAUGGCGAGAAUCAUGCAACAGCAACAAUUACAGUCUGGUAAAAUGUCGUCCAUUUACACCGCUCUUGUUUCGCAUCAGAAAGAGUUUGAUGAUGAAAGAAAAGAGGCUUUUUCUGCCAUCGUAACGGUACUUAACCAAUUUGUUGGCGAGAGGGAUUUUCAGAAAAGCUCUUCUGGUGAACUGUUUAAUCUCUUUGGCAAAAUAUCAUGCAACAGUUUUACUAUAUGUGAUGCAGAGUUGCAGCCUCUCGGUGUCGGCAUCUAUCAAACUCCAUCUCUCUUGAACCACUCAUGUCUUCCAAACUGUGUUGCCAUUUUCAAUGGCACUAAACUCCUUGUUCAUGCAACAGAACAAAUCAAACAAGGCGACGAACUCGCAAUAAGCUAUACAGAACUGCUUUGUCCAAGUUACCAGAGAAAAGAAGAUUUGAAGAACCGUUACUUGUUUGGAUGCAGUUGUUCCAAAUGUCUGUCUCCUUUGGAAGAAGAUGGACUUAUGCUAAGUCUGCAGUGUUCUAAUUUUAGCUGUAAUGGAGCAGUACCAAGAGAUUUGUCAAGUGGUGGUUUUGUUGUUUGCAAUACAUGUGGUAAAGGACUAUCAGACAAAACUGCAGCAAGUAAAGCACAAGCCAUCAUCUCAAAGUCAGAAGAAACAUUAAAACAAAUCAAAGCUUUGGAAAAAAUGUACAACUUUGAGGCUAUCCUUGAUCUUGCAGAGAAUAUUCUAGCAGAGCAGAAAGGUUUCUUUCACAAGCUGCACUUCAGCAGGGUCGGCAUUCUUGAUAAAGCUAUGGAUGCAUGUAUCUAUCUUGAAUUGUGGGAUAGAGCAUUGGCAUUUGGACUUCAAACAAUGGAUGCUUACAAGCUGUAUUAUCCAAGAAACCAUCCAAGUGUAGGCAUUCAGUUGUUUAGAAUAGGCAAACUCCAAGUAUAUUUGGACAAGCUAAAAGAUGGUUUUCAGACUCUACUACAGGCAGAGGCUAUUCUCAAAGUUACGCACGGGAACCACCCACUUGUACAAGAACUGCGGGAACUUAUUGCUCAGACGUUAGAGGAACUAAGGGUGGAACAGAACAGGACAGUUCAAGGAAUGGAGUUAAUAUGAUUUGUAAUGUGAAGUAUGUCAAUUUGCCGCAGAACUGAGCAUUUGGUAGAUAUGUGAUUUUAUCAGCUUCUUGCGGGGCUUGUAAGGUGUGCGCGCAAAAAUAAAUGUGUUAAAUCUCA